AUGCAAUUCACCACCGCCCUCACCGUCGUCUUCCUGGCCGCCACCACCCUCGCCGCCCCAACCGCCCUAGAAGCCCUCGAAGCCCGCACCGGCGGCGGCUCUUGCAACAACUCCCAGCAGCAAGUCUGCUGCACAGGCGGCGGUAUCCUCAACCUGAGCUGCCUCGUCGGCGUCAUCCCCAUCCUGUCCCCCGCUUGUAGCGGAGGCAGCUACUGCUGCAGCAAUGCUGGCAGCUCUGGUGGAUUGGUCAACAUCAACGCCCUCAACUGCGUCAAGGUCGGCUAA